AUGGAUCCUAUGCUCCGACUAACGGUUGGCUCGAUGUGGGGCUUUGAGGAGAUCGGGGUUGAGGAACUCGAAAAACGGAUCAACACCGCGUACCCUGACGCCAAGUUCCACUGCGAGUAUUUUAAACCCGAUGAGGUCCUUACGGUGAAAGUACAUGAUGGAGACCACACCAUCAAGGUUGCGGCGGUUGUCUCUGAUUUCAUCAAUGAGCAUCAGAACAAAGAUCUCUUGGACAUGCCUCGAAUCCAUCAACUGGAUGUCCCUCUCAGCCUUUCCGAUGAGGACGGCUCCCCGAUGGCCACUGCUGAUAAGCACGAGACGGGGAGCCUUCUGGAUUUGGACGACGGCUCCGACGAGAAGUGUGCGACUUUUGGAAACCCGGUCAUCAAAAGCUGGCAAUCAUCUGCUGGCGGUGCGGGGUGCUUUGCAGUUGACUUUCAAGAGAUCCUCGGCCAGAUUGGGGAUACCACCGGCACUAAGCUUCUGGUGUUGCCCGACCCCAAGGGUAUCGAAGUUUCGGGCAGAUGCGAGGGGGGCGUCAACGAUGCAUUGGAGAGACUGACACGAGUUGAGAAACCGUUGUUGUACUACAAUAGCCCCCUGGUGGCACACGUGGGUAUCUCAGAAACGGGCGAUCACGUUCGCUACAGUAUCCAAAAUUACAGCACCCUGAACAAUGUUGCUCUGCGUCGUGUCUUGACGGACUCCACCGGGGACGCAAAUCUACAACUCGGUCAAAUGUUUGUGACGGUGCUUUACUCUUUCGACAAGGAUACACAAGAGUAUAAAAAGCCUGACAGCCUCGUGCAUCCCCCUAAUGUGACCAAUGAGGCCGGGCCAUCGCGUAUUUGGAAUGAUUUUUCUUUUGCAGAGCUAGGCGAUGCGGACGAGUUCCUGGCCAUGGACACCAUUGAGGAUAAGGAAAUUGGCAGUCUGCAAGCUUUUGCCUCAGGGAUCUCCCUUCCGCACCCUUAUCUGACAGCGGAAAAAGCUAAGCAGGUAAAUCAGUGGGUUGUCGAGCGUGCUGGGAUUGAACCAACCGAUUCAGACCUUGAGCCUGAGCCUGAAUGCCCAGUAACCCCCGUUACAGUAAUUAAAAGACCGCCUGGUAUCAAAGCAAGGAAGGCUGUCGCUUCAGGUCAGCCUGUAUUGAUUCCUUCGCCUCCGAAACCUUCAUUGGAACCUCUCGCCGAAAAAGUGCAGGACGUUCCAGAUGAAGAUUCCCCAACCCCUCGCCGACGAUGGAAAAUGGAGUACAGACCAAACAUUUCGGACUCGACUGGCGAUUCUGGAUCAGGCAACAACGGUGAUCAUCCCAAUGUCCCAUCCGUUCCCAAGGCACCUGGGUGGCAACUGGGCCCUCCCAUGCCGAACUUUGAUGCUACCAAGUAUGGUUUGAACAGACUAUCACGCCUGUCACCUGUGAGGAAGAAUGGAAGUUCCAAGGCUGCAAAUCCAAAGGACAACAUGCUGUUGGAUGUUUUUACUGAGGCCUAUGAUUCCAAUCCUCAGCUCCCACUUGUCUCUUUCGAACAGCCCCCACUUGUUCCUCAAAGGUUAUGCUCCAAUGAGCUUGUCUUCGUGGAUGAAGAACCCUGCUCGUUUCUUGAAGAUUUGACCGAUCACAAGCGGCGGCUCCUGUAUCUGAAGAAGGUUUUGCGCGAUCAGACGGGAGAAGUCGGCCGUUCCAGUCAAGAAACUUUACCCAUUAGCACCCGUGAGGCUCGGCGUCAGGCAACGAGACAGCUGGCAAAAGAGAAGCUGAUGGAACUUGAGCGGGUCCAUAGGCUAGACGAGCAACGGCAGUCAGACGAAGUGAGCUCGAGGAAGUUCCACCGAGUCAUGUACCACAAGACGGCCAAACAGGUGAAACAAAAGAGACAGGGUACCUUAGAGGACGCCUGGGGGAUUAUCAAAACGCCUGUGAAAAAGCAUCCCGAAACAUCACAGAGCCAUUCGCACGUCGAAAAGGAGGGGAGAUCCGCCAAAGGCACACAGCUAUCACAAGCCGAGGCGUGCAUAGUCGACGACGUCAAAGGUCUCCAUGAAGCGAUAGAGCCUAUCUUGCAGGUUGCGGAAUGUUUUCCGGGUAGACUCACUCUGGAAGUCCAGAUUGGGCUCAUCCUCGUCCCUCUUCUACCCAAGUCGUACAAAGAAGGCUUGAUUUCUUGCAAUGAAUGGACACGGAUCUUCAAGCCUCGUAGCGGUCUCGUUCCUCCGACUACCAAGUUCUUUAAUCGACUGACAUCCUCGGGGUGUGACGUUGACCACCUUGUGGACCUGAAAACUUCGAAGCAGGAUGGAAAGCGUCGCAUCUUCGAGCAGGAAUACACAGAUUACAAGGUCACUUAUGAGUUCCACUGCCGAACGAAAUCCGACCAACCCCUGAUUAUUACAGUUGAUGAACAAGGUGGAUAUACAAUCGUCAACACAAUUGCAGAGUUGGGUGCAGUGAAUUUGCAUUUCCCUGGCCAGACUUGGGAUGCAAGAGCGGUUACAAGUGGCAGCUUCUGCUACGAAGCAGGCUCUCACCCGGAAUUCGAAGAAGCCGCCAAGUAUCUCGUCGAUCACAUAUGUAUCCGGUCUGAAAAGGGCCUGAUUCGGAUUUUCACCAAAAUCCCGGAGGGAAACAACAUCGUCAUUGAGAAGGCAUACAUGAAGCGUUGGACGCGCCAUCGGUACAUCCGCCCAACGGAUACGUGCCAACCUGCCGUGAAUCCCCCUGCAGCAAACGGUCCUGCUUCAUCGAACAUAUCCCCCAACACAGCAACAGCGGUGGCAGCGGACACGGGAGCUUCAAGCAAAACAGACGUCAAGGACCAUGCGAGCGUGGCCACCAGCAGUGACAGUGGAUUCCAGGAUGUCUUUCUGCAAGUUACGGAAGUGCAAGAUCUUUUUAUCGGCGUUGGUUCCUCGUGCAAGCAGGCCCUGAGAGCUCGGUGCACGUCAUUGCCAGAUAUGCUCAAGAACGGACGGUUGUGGUAUGAAGCCUCUCUCGUAAGCCCUGCUAUUGAAGAACUCCUCAGACAAAAUGUCAACAUCGAAGUCGGGGAGGCGACCGAGGACUGGAGAGGUGUUGAUCUGUUUGGAAGAGAUGCUGCGCUUUUUGAGAACAGAUCUUCGGGAUUCACCGGGACCCCAAGUCCAGUCUCAGUGGCCAUCGGCACCGCUGGGAUCGGAGACCUCUUCCGUAUUGCGAAGACUGUCGUCGAAAAGACCGACGGUCUGGGUUACUGGAACGUCGGACCGGGGAUUGACGUUGCACGAGUGGGGGCUUCUGGGUCUCUGAAUACCCCGAUAAUCUCAAGCGGCAAGGUCACCAACUCGGCCGCAGAGCAGAAGGCAGUCGUCAAGAUGUCCGUGUUUGGACAGGAGAGUCCCAAAGAGAUAGAGAGCGACAACCCCUACAACCAAGACAUGACGCUUGCGUCUUCUAUACCAUCCGUUCCUUUGGAUUACUGGUGA